AUGUUGAAGGAGUCGGGGAGCAGCCAGUGGAAGUAUAGGGUUGUGUUAUUUUUGGUCAUUUUCACUAUCCUGAACUUCUUUUUCAACGUCAUGCUCGCGAUUCUCACGAAUAUCUAUCUAGACGGGUUGCAGCCUUCAUGCUGGCAGUUUGGAUUUUCGACAAAUACCGAGUUCAAAACGGGUCUAGUCAACGAAUACAUAAAGCUUGACGAAAAUGCAGCGAAUACGGACUACUAUAAUACUCUGAAAGCCUUGGCUAGAGAUAACGGGAUUUUGUACAGUAUGGAUGAUGAUAAUGUUGAGAUCAGUAAGGUGCUCUUGGACACAAGUGAACUCGAUACCUGGUUCAACGACAAAAAGAACUUGAAGUAUAUUUCGGUUUACUGUGACUUGCUUCUUAGAUAUGCCUUGACGCGUGACGAAAGGAAUCAUGAGGAGGUCCAAUUUGUCAUCCAAAGGGCUUUCGACCUAAUCAAUCACUACGAAUCCGUCUCUCAUCAGACGGUGUCAACAUAUGCCUUGAAAAACAAGGCGUUAAGAAUACAAGCGGACCUGCUCAAGUUCAGUGGACAUUGUUUUGCGGAGGUAGAACAGAAAUAUUAUGAUUCGAUUCGUUUGGUUAUUGAAAACGAGUAUUCUCACAAACACCUUGAGUCUAAAGACAUAGCAAUAGUUCCACCAGACGAAAUUUCAUCCAACAACCUCACAAACUCGUUGCUUGAUUUGUGCUCGUUUUACUCGGAAACAAGAGACCCAAAGUACGUCAAUAAGGCCUUAAAUAUUCUUUUAUCAGAGCUAAGGUCUCUAGACUCUGAAUUCACUACUCUAGAUUCCCAGUUCAACUCAAAUGAUAUUUUCAAAAGGGACACCAAAGUUCUUUCGAACAAAAGUGAAAAGAGACUCAUGGAGUUGAGAUUCGAAAAGAUACCCUUGAUAAAUAUGCAGAUUAGUGAGUUACUAUGGUUUGAGAAGAAGUACGAUAAGUCAAUCGAGUUUGCCAAAGAAUCAGCCCAAGUUUCGAGCAUGUAUGCAACCAUGAACUUCAACUCUGCAAAAAUCGCCAAAAUGGGGUUCAUGAAUUUGUCUACAAUGUUCCAGCACCUGGGUGACAAAGAAGGUUCAACUCUUUGUUUGAAGCGGUCAGAAGAAAUUGCCGUCCCUAUGGAUGCCUUUUCCAGAAUGCCGGGAACGGUCCGUGAUGUUGUGCUAGAAUACUGGUUCGGCUCUUGGGGUAAGUUUCUUUUCCCUGGUUGA